GGCCUCCGCAGCGCCGGGCCGGCCGCCGCAGCCAUGAACCCGCUGCUGGGCCCCAACCUCUUCCUCCUGCCGCAGGAGCAGGCGGAGCCGCCGCGGGCGCCCUUCGUGCUGCUGCCGAGCGGCGAGGCGCGGGCGGCGCUGGCGGAGGGGGCGCUGGCGCUGCAGCUGGAGCUGGGCCCGCCGCCCUCGCCCUUCGCGCCCCCGCCGCCGGCCGCCAUGGCGCUGCGCAACGACCUGGGCUCCAACAUCAGCGUGCUCAAGACGCUCAACCUGCGCUUCCGCUGCUUCCUGGCCAAGGUGCACGAGCUGGAGCGCCGCAACCGGCAGCUGGAGAAGCAGCUGCAGCAGGCGCUGGCCGAGGGCGGGCCGCGGAGGGCCGCCGCGCCGCGCCGCGACCAGGCCGUGCAGACGGGCUUCGUCGGCCCCAUCCGCCCGCUCGGCCUGCCGCUGCCGCUCGGGACCGCCGCCCGGCCGGCCGGGCCGCCCGCGCAGCCGCCGCCGCCGCCCCGCACGCCCGAGGGCUCGCCCGGCUGCCACCCGCCCGGCGCCCCGCUGCCCCCCGCCGCCGCCGCCUCGGCGCGCUUCCUGCCGGGCACCAUCUGGUCCUUCUCGCAGGCGCGCCGCCUGGGGCCCGGCCUGGAGCCCACGCUGGUGCAGGGGCCCGGCGUCUCCUGGCUGCACCCGGACGGCGUGGGCGUGCAGAUCGACACCAUCACGCCCGAGAUCCGCGCCCUCUACAACGUGCUGGCCAAGGUGAAGCGCGAGCGCGACGAGUACAAGCGCAGGUGGGAAGAGGAGUACACGGUGCGUGUUCAGCUGCAGGACCGAGUGGCUGAACUUCACGAGGAGGCCCAAGAAGCCGAGGCGUGUCAAGAGGAGCUGGCCAUGAAGGUGGAGCAGCUCAAGGCGGAGCUGGUGGUCUUCAAGGGGCUCAUGAGUAACAAUCUUACCGAGUUGGACACCAAGAUCCAGGAAAAAGCCAUGAAAGUGGACAUGGAUAUCUGCCGGCGCAUAGACAUCACCGCAAAACUCUGCGAUGUGGCCCAGCAGCGUAACUGCGAGGACAUGAUCAAGAUGUUUCAGUCUCUGCACUUAUCUCCCAUUAAGGUCCCAGCCACGGUGGGCCGGAAGCGGGACCGAAAGCUGGUCAGUGACGAAGACACUUCCCUGCCUGAGAGCGAGGCCUCCAAAAAGCUGGAGGAGGAGGAGGAAGACGAGAGCACGGCCAUGAGCAUCAACGAAGAGAUGCAAAGGAUGCUGAACCAGCUGAGGGAGUAUGAUUUUGAAGACGACUGUGAUAGCCUUACCUGGGAGGAGACGGAAGAGACGCUGCUGCUCUGGGAGGAUUUCUCCGGCUAUGCUAUCGCUGCUGCCGAGGCCCAAGGGGAGCAGCAGCCAGACGACAGUUUGGAAAAAGUGAUCAAGGACACGGAGUCUCUCUUCAAGAGCAGGGAGAAAGAAUAUCAGGAGACCAUCGACCAGAUAGAGCUGGAGUUGGCAACAGCCAAGAAUGAUAUGAACCGGCACCUUCACGAGUACAUGGAAAUGUGUAGCAUGAAGCGUGGCCUGGACGUGCAGAUGGAGACCUGCCGCCGACUCAUCACCCAGUCUGGGGAUCGAAAGUCUCCUGCUUUCACUCCGGUAUCGAACAGUGAAUCGGCCCCAAACGAGGAAACGGAGGAGUCCGAUCGCGACCUCGCGAGUGAUGCUUCCAUAAGAUAAUGGGGGAGGCCCUUCCCCCCUUCUGCAUUGCCCCCUCCUGGCCCAGGAGGGGUGAUGGGGGGAGCCAUGCCCCAGCCAUGGCCACGGGAGACCGAAGGGGCCGUCUUUAGAAUUCUGCCACUCAGUCCCUCCACAUCUGGAGAUGGAGCCAGCUAGGUGCCCUUGACCUUGAGAGGGCUGGUGGUCCCAGGUCGUCUCCUGUCUGAUCCACCGUCUUGCCCUCUCUUCUUCCUGCCCCCUGCCUUUUGUGGGCUUUAGCAGGGGAGAUGUCUGCCUUACCGUAGCCACACCUCACGGGACCUCGUAAAGCCACCUUCCUUCCCGCCUCUUAGUAUACACAACUGUCCUCCUCGUGUGCCACGAAGCAGCACGGGGCCUGUUCCUGUCUGCUCCACUUGAACCUUCUCUUGGUGCCGGCUGGACUCUCUGUGGCUCUCCUUGCUCACGGAACACGUCUUCAGUCCUGGAAACGUACAUGAUAGCGAGAGCCUCUCCUCCUGGGAACGAAGACGCAGCCUUCCCUCCCACCCACCCCAGCUCUGCCCUUGCAUUUUGCUUAGUGCUGUGUCUGUAGCACAAAUGUUGUAUGUGAUGUGCAAUGUCCGGAAACAAGGAACCAAUAAAUGGGUCGCUUCCUUUUCUACA